GCAAUGAUUCGGGACAGCUUGUUCCGACGCUUGGUGAAGCGUUCGAAGCGCUUUGUCGUGAAUCUACUGACCACCACCUCGGCCCACGGUAUCGGACACGUUGUGCAGGAAGGGCUGCACUUUAUCGAGCGUAUAAUAUGGCUUUCCUGCAUAUUCAUCGGUGUGUACGGUAUGGUGGCACUGUCGCAGCGCAUCUGGAACCGAUUCCAAACUUCACCGACCGUCAUCUCGAUGGAUCGCAAUAUGUACUUCUGGAACACGAGCUUUCCGAGUUUGACCAUCUGUUCGCACCGGCGCAUCGAUGAGGACAAGCUGGCCGAUUACAUCCGGAUGCGGGGCUUCGACGAGGACGAUGCAGAGCAGUUCCGGGAGUUUAUCGUGCUGCUUGCCAACGUAACGUACACCACGUUUCUCGAUCUCCCGAUGUACAAAACGUUCGGCAUUGCGGGCUACGAGUACAUGGAGCUGCUGUACAACUUGUCCUGGAGCUUUCAGCCCCAGGUCAACAGCGGCACGGCUAGUGUGCUGUCCGUGCAGCCCACCAUUACCGAGCUGGGGCUGUGUUUGGCAGUGAACUCGCGCAUUGCCGUGUACAAUUCGUACGAGUAUUGGCAAUCUCGGCGCUGGGAGCGCGUCCACGAGCCGGCCCCGCUGGUGGUGCAUCCACUGGACGGGGAGGUGUACGGGCAGCUGAUCAAGCUCGAAAGUUCCUACGAAGUGUUCUUCCACGGAUCGAUGGAGGUGGCCGAAAUCUCCAAACGGCAGUACUCUUUCCAGGAGUCUUACUACACGACGGUGGAGCUGCUAGCGCUAGAAAUACUUACCUCCAGCAACGCCCGCGAACUAUCCAUCUCCCAGCGGCAGUGUCGGUUUACGCACGAGGACGAAAUGCUCCUGUUCAGUCCGGUUUACAGCUACAAUUUGUGCCGCAUCGAGUGCCGGAUGAAGUUCGCUUUCAAACUGUGCGGCUGUGUGCCCCAUUUCUAUCGACCGGUCGGUAAAGGCAACUUCCGCUACCGUAUCUGUGACUUUGAAGGUUUACGAUGCCUAGGACAGCGGGCAGAUGAGAUGAUAACGCUGCGCUCUAAAAAGAACCCAAUCGAUUGUAACUGUCUACCGAAUUGUGAUGAUUCCAACUUCUUCAUACAAGCAUACCGAUCGCGUGAGUGGUUUCUUGGCGCCAAUCUACAGUGGGGUUUGACGGAUUAUCCCAAAAUGCAGUUGAACAGGGACAUUAUAUUCGGGUUGUCGGAUGUAUUCGUGUACAUUGGUGGAUUGGGAGGGUUCUUUCUCGGGUGCAGUUUGAUCACAUUUGCAGAGUUCGUGUUCUUUCUCACCUGGAGACUAUUUAAAUAAUCUCCACGUGCUGUUAG